GAAGUAUCACACGAGGUAACAUUGUAGCCACUAGUGAAUGAAGGCACCUCCUGGAGGGAGAGCUCAGAGGAAGGAAUGUGACAGUCAGGAGGCAGCAGAGAGCUGUGAAUCCAGCAUGAGGGGAGAGGCACCAGGGCCACAUUCCUCCUCCUCCUCUCUCCUCCCCCCUUCUCCCCAGCUAUUCACCAUUUUACACUCCUCUCUUCCCAGCCUGAACAUCGCUGCUGGAUCCUGGGUGACCCAUUAAUAAAGAGGCAAGAAAGAACGGCAGAGGGCUGCAAAAGUCUGCGCCCCUCCAGCUGGAGCGACCGAGAUCUGGGCGAUCUAGAUCUGUGCGAGGAGCAGAGGACGAGCUCCAGGCCGGUUAUUAAUAGCAGCCAAGGGCCACCGAGCCUCCUCCAGGCUCCACUGUCCAGAGGGUGACUUCCAGGAGGAGGGAGACACUUGGACAACAAGGAGGAGAAGCACAGCCAGGAGGAGAAGGAGUUGGGUGAAGGACAGGAGUGACUUCUAAGGCAAAGAAGCUGGAAGGGAGAAGAAAACAGAUCAAUACCAAGGAAGAGACCCAUUACUAGCCAAGAACAGGGAGAUGGAUGAACAAGGAAGGCUACUCCAGAGCAGGGGGGUUGGGAUUCCAGGGCACCCUCUCCAUGGGGUACCCCAAACCCUCACCCCCCACCCCAUGCACGACACAGCAGACAAUGGGGAGCCCAGGAAGCAGGAUAUUGGCGAUAUAUUGCAACAGAUCAUGACUAUCACUGACCAGAGCCUGGAUGAGGCCCAAGCAAAGAAACACGCCUUAAACUGCCAUCGGAUGAAGCCGGCCCUCUUCAGUGUACUGUGUGAGAUAAAGGAGAAGACAGGUCUCAGCAUCCGAAACAAUCAGGAAGAGGAGCCUGUUGACCCUCAGUUGAUGCGUUUGGACAAUAUGUUGCUGGCAGAAGGUGUAGCAGGACCAGAAAAGGGAGGUGGGUCCGCAGCGGCAGCUGCAGCAGCUGCGGCGUCUGGUGGAGUCUCUCCAGAUAACUCUAUAGAACAUUCGGAUUACAGGAACAAACUCUCCCAAAUCAGGCAAAUUUACCAUGCAGAGUUGGAGAAGUACGAGCAGGCAUGUAACGAGUUCACCACACACGUCAUGAACCUUUUAAGAGAACAGAGUCGAACCAGACCUAUCUCCCCCAAAGAGAUUGAGAGGAUGGUCGGGAUUAUCCAUAGAAAGUUUAGUACAAUCCAAAUGCAGCUCAAGCAGUCCACAUGUGAAGCAGUCAUGAUCCUUCGCUCUCGGUUCUUAGAUGCAAGACGAAAGAGGAGGAAUUUUAGUAAACAGGCAACGGAAGUCCUUAACGAGUACUUCUACUCACACCUCAGUAACCCUUACCCUAGUGAAGAGGCAAAAGAGGAACUUGCAAAGAAGUGUGGUAUCACUGUAUCACAGGUGUCCAACUGGUUUGGGAAUAAAAGAAUUAGGUACAAGAAAAACAUUGGAAAAUUUCAAGAGGAGGCCAACAUCUACGCAGUGAAGACAGCCGUUACUGUAACGCAGGGAAGUCACAGUGGAGCAAAUUCUCCAACGACACCAACAUCUGCCGGUUCUGGUGGCUCAUUCAACUUGUCUGGAUCUAAUGACAUGUUCAUGGCGAUGCAGGGCUUAAACGGGGAUUCUUACCCCCCUUCACAGGUGGAGUCCUUGCGUCACACGAUGGGCCCUGGUUACAGUGACAGUUUAUCAGCAAAUCAAAUAUACAGCCCUCGGGAGAUUCGGGCCAAUGGAGGGUGGCAAGAGGCCGUUACCCCCUCCUCGGUCACUUCCCCAACAGAAGGACCAGGCAGUGUACAUUCUGACACCUCUAACUGAGCACUCUCCUCCUCUCUAUACUUCUCCCCUGUCACCCCUCCAACAAACUAUGGUCUUUCCAUGAACCGAACUCUGUAACUUUGGUCUAAACGGGAUAGAGAGUGUGGGACCUCUCUUUCCGUCCCCUCUUACUCUCACCCAAGCUUCCUCUCACCACUUUGUUGAAAAGGGCAUCUGUGCCGCAAGCGGGAUCCAGUAAAAAAGGCUAAAGAUCAUGACAUUAAUGGAAGAUGAUGGCUUCCCGAUUUCCAAAAAGGAAGUGGACAUUGAAAUUUGAUCCUGCUUCAAAGAUAUCCACCACUUACUCUGUGUGUUGGAACGAUAUGAAUGUAUUACAUAACCAUAUCUUCAUGGGCUGGAAAAAAAAUGUGUAACAAAAAAAAAAAAAUUGGUUAGGUGGAGGGGACAUCCGGCCCAAGUAAAGAGGAGGUGGAAGAGGGGAGUUGCUUGUAGGGGACAAACAAAGGAAGAGUGUAUUAAAGAGGGAAAAUGACAGGUUACAAAACGUGGCAAACCUAAGAGACAAAAGGAUUAAGCAAAAACGAGGGAAGGAGAUGGUGUGGAGAAGCAAAAUGAGGAGGAGCAACUCGAAUACAGGCAUCACAAAAAAUCUAGAAAAUAAAAAAAGAGCUACAAAGAGGAGGGAAAGCAAAAAGUACACAAGACUUUAUUACUCCUCACUCCUUCCCUCCAGAGUCUACCCAGAAUCCUUUGGCUCAGCCAAUCAAAGAACAGCGUUAUUACCUCAUAGCGGCUCACAUAACCAAUAGAGAAGACUUUUUUUUCUUUUCUUUUUGAGUUUUCUUUUUUGUUCACGCGUUCGCAAGUUUGACUACCUCCAAAGGGAAAAAAAUAAAAUUAUAUAUAUCUCUCACUUCUGCACGGGGGAUGGCAGUGAGGUGUGUGAGAAUUUUUGUCUCCCUCUAAACCCCUUCACUCCCCCUUUUUUUUUUUUUUUUUCUAUUUUUUGGGGUGUUGGGUUAUGAAUAUGGUUGGUUUUAGAAAAUGUUGUGUUUUUUUUGGGAGGGGAGGAGGGGUGGGGAUGUUUAUUUUCAUAUUACAUUUGGAGAAAAGUUACAGAACUGGAGAGGGGGGUACGUGUGUGGGUGUACAUAUGUAUUAAACUCCUUUCAUGGGUUAUGAAUCGGUGUGUGAAUGAAUGCUCAGGAACGGAUGUAUACUUGUAUAGACAACUGUAUUUUACACUCUAUAUAUACACACGGGGAAGGGAUGACUAUUUGGUACUUGACCUAAUAAAGCAGAAGAACAUUUCUCAAAACUACUGAGUAGAACAGACGUGUUGUGAAUUGAUGGCACUUUGUGGGCACCACUUUUUAUAACCUGCCCCUUUAAGUGGCUUACAGAUAUCAUUACAUAUUAUGCUUCUCAGGGAGAUAUUGCAGUAUUUCUUGACAGGCCAUGAAUGCCGAAGAGCAAUCUUUCCCCUGGAGGGAGGUAAGUGCCAUCUAGGCACAACGUAGAACCACUUACAUCAGGAGGGGAGAAAAAAAGGUCAAAUACAGUAAAAAACAAAAACAUUAGAGAUGUAUGUGGAUUCUGUCCAAAUAGUUGGUUUCCACCAAUGAGCAGCUCACGUCUAUGUAGAUAUCACGUUGACCAGCUCAAUGAGAGAUGUUCAUGUAUGAUACAUACAUCAUAGAUUCGAGGACAACCCAACACCCUGAACACAUGUGUAUAUCACAUUUUCCAUCAUGAUGCAGGUUGGCAUAGGAAGGUCGAUGGUGGAGUGCAGUUUGGCCCAUAACGAAGGCAUUCAAGACAUUUACUUCUUGUUAGCACUCGUUCACACAGCAGUAUUCAGGCCAGUGUUCACAAGGUGAAACCAUAUGGAUGAGAUGCAGAUAUUUUGGUUAUGCUUUCUCUAUUUAGGUUCCACUCCUAGUUUUAGGUUACAGAUGAAAAAUGGUGACCAGAAUACUGACAUGUGAAUUAGGCCAUAAUCAAGACCCUUUGAUGUGAUGUGUCCACAACAAACUAGGGUUCAGACAAUUCAUUGAUACAUUCAGGUGAAGAAUAGACAGGAUUACUCCUAAUUAUGGCUCACUUCCAAAUAUGAAUCCAUCAUUUGUCAACAUCUCGUCCCUAUGUGUAAAACAUCAUGGUUGAGUUCAGAAACGUUAUUGGGGUCUUUCGUUACUUCCAUUGGGAACCAGUAGCCAUUAAACUAGGUCCAACCAGACCUCAAGUGGACAGCCAAGAGUUGGUAUAACCCUAGGAAGGCAAUAGUUCCACAUACAGUUUGAAGACUAUAAGUUGACCAUACACAGUCAGGUGGGAAGUUGGUCAACAAAGGGUUUCCCAAUGGCCAAAUAAUAAUUACUUCCAGACCCAUCACAUUUUGGAGGCGUCCUUUUUUUGACGUUAAUAGUUUGUAGAAGACACCGUCUCGUGUAGGACAAUCUGAUUCUAUUUGACCUUUAACCAAAAAUAUAGUGUAGUAGAUUUUCCUAUUUCUAUUUUGGACUGCUACCACCCGUAUCCACAGUAUGUAGGCAGCUUUAGCAUUAGGCAAGGACAAGGUAAGGCUUUCAACAAUGUUCACUCUGAUUAAUUCUGCUCAUUAGUGUACCUGGCAACCCCGCGUAAUGGUGGCAUCUACUUUGUUGGCCAUCUCUCUAGUAACCAGUUAAAGGGAGAUACAAAUAUUUAAGAAUUGUGCUCCCGAUAUGGCUGCCUCCAUUACUGUAUAGGUGACCGGCCCAUUUACAGGGAGGGCCGGGAGCACGGUGUAUGACUGUGUGUAUGUAUAUAUGGGGGGGGGGGUGGUAUACGUGAGUGUGUUUUGUAGGCUGAGCGUGUAUGUACACACAGCCCCCUCUCCCCCUGUACUCGGCUCGGGCCUGGACUCGCUAGGUUUAGGGGAGACAUUGUGUUGAGUGUAUUAUCAUUAUUACUUUCUGCUCCUCCCUGUUUAUUUUUUUUUGUUAGGGGUCUCUUCUUGGUUUCUUUCAAUUGUUAUUUUUUGGGGGGUUUUAGAAUCAGAUUUUUUUUUUUCUUUCACAUUUAUUAAAAGGAAUCACUAAGAAA